AUGGCGAUGAUGACUGGCCGUGUGCUGCUGGUGUGUGCCCUCUGCGUGCUGUGGUGCGGUGCCGUUUUUGUGUCGGCGGCCGGUGAUGGCGAUGGCGAUGGCAGAGGUGUCAGUGAAAAAGCUCCAAAGGGAUUACCGGAGCCUGGCGAACGAGGGGCUAACAACGCGGGGCAUUCUUCGAACAAAAAUAAUGAGAUUAAUUCCAAUCUGCAAGGGGGGACAGGCACAGGAACAACAACAGACAGAGUUGUGAAGGAAGAAGAGGAAGAAGAGGAAGAAGCAGAAACGGAUGAUGAUGAUGAUGAUGAUGAUGAUGAUGAUGAAAAAGAUAAAAGUAAUGAAAAGGAAGAUACGCCACAAGCCGGGAAGUCUGAAAGUUCAUCGAAAGAGGUGGCAGCAACAAUACCAACAGCAUCUGGUCUCAGUGGAGCCGGUGGUGGCAGUCCUUCUGGUGAUGUUGGCUCGAGUGGAAGUCCUGACGGAAGUGAAGAUUUGAAUCUGGAGGCUUCUGGUCCUGUCGUGAACUCUUCGCCUCCCCUUUCCAAUGCUGCCGCUGGUGGUUUGCAGAAUGCCGACGGUGCUUUACCGUCUCAGAAGAAUAAUUUCUCAGAAACAGGUGUGCAUUCAGGAACGACGCCUCCAACACCCUCACUGCCCAAAUCACAGGCACCCGCGAUAACACAACCAAAAGCAGAAGAGCAGUCCCCCACUGAACAGGACACAGAAGAUAGUCCAGACACAGAGGAGGUACAUCCACAGGACGGGGAAGUAAAUGGUACGGCACUCAACAGCAGCCUCGGGCAUUUGUCGCAGAUGAAUAACAGCGAUGCUGGCACCAUGCGUGGGAGCGGACUGCUGCCGCUGCUUCUUCUGUUGUUGGGACUGUGGGGGUUUGCGGCUCUGUGA